GCUCCACCCAGUCAGCUGCUCGGCGGCGCCCGGCUGCCAGCUGUGGAGGUGGGCCCCAGGGUCCCAGAGGGGAGGGGGGCUCGAGGACCUGCUGCCGCCGCCGCCGCCGCCACCACCGCAGCCGAGAGGCUAGUCCAGGCGGCUGUCGCGACCCGGGCUCGCGACCCGUCCCUCCUUGUCAUGCUGAACCCCUCUCCUCCGCCCGCCAUGGAGGCAGAGGUGGCCGAAGCCCCCCCGGGCGGGGUGGAGGCCGAAGCCGGGCUUAGCUGCUUCUCCUUCAACCAGGACCGCACAUCCCUAGCAAUUGGAACCAAAACUGGGUAUAGGUUAUUUUCCCUGAGUUCUGUGGAACAACUGGACCAAGUCCAUGAAAGCAGUGAAAUACCAGAUGUCUACAUUGUAGAGCGGCUCUUCUCUAGUAGCUUGGUUGUGGUCGUUAGUCAUACAAAACCACGGCAGAUGAAUGUGUAUCAUUUCAAAAAGGGUACAGAAAUUUGUAACUACAGCUAUUCUAGCAACAUCCUAUCUAUAAGGCUGAACCGACAGAGGCUGCUGGUGUGCCUGGAGGAAUCCAUUUAUAUUCACAACAUUAAAGAUAUGAAAUUAUUGAAGACUAUCCUGGAUAUACCUGUGAACCCAACAGGUUUGUGUGCCCUAUCUAUUAACCAUUCCAAUUCUUACCUUGCCUACCCUGGAAGCUUAACUACUGGAGAAAUUGUACUUUAUGAUGGAAAUACUCUGAAAACAGUCUGCACAAUUCCUGCCCAUGAAGGUCCACUUGCAGCCAUCACCUUCAACUCUGUGGGAUCUAAGCUAGCCAGUGCUUCUGAGAAAGGUACAGUCAUCCGGGUGUUUUCUGUUCCUGAAGGACAAAAACUCUAUGAGUUUAGGAGAGGAAUGAAGAGGUAUGUGAAUAUCAACUCCUUAGUUUUCAGUAUGGAUUCACAGUUCCUCUGUGCAUCCAGCAACACAGAAACAGUGCACAUCUUCAAACUAGACAACCCUACCUCCAGUGGGCCAGAAGAACCUUCAACCUGGACUGGUUACAUGGGAAAGAUGUUCAUGGCUGCUACCAACUACCUCCCUUCCCAAGUAUCAGAUAUGAUGAACCAGGACAGAGCCUUUGCCACUGUGCGUUUGAAUUUCUCUGGUCAGAAGAACAUCUGCACUCUCUCUACUAUUCAGAAGUUGCCAAGGCUAUUAGUGAUAUCAUCUGAUGGAAGACUUUACAUCUAUAAUUUGGACCCUCAGGAUGGAGGAGAGUGUAUCUUAAUCAAGACCCACAGCUUACUUGGCUCAGGAAAGACAGAAGAGAAUAAGGAAAAUGACCUCAGACCUUCAUUACCUCAGUCUUACGCAGCAACAGUAGCUAGACCAGGAACCACAUCUUUGUCCUCAACAGUGCCAGGUUAUUCUGAGGAUGGUGGAGCACUUCGAGGGGAGGUUAUCCCAGAACAUGAGUUUGCAACGGGACCAGUGUGUCUUGAUGAUGAGAAUGAGUUUCCUCCUAUAAUCUUGUGCCGUGGAAGUCAGAAGGGCAAAACGAAGCAGUCAUGAUGAGAAGCACACCUCAGAAUUCAGCACAUCCCUUUAUCAGAGAACCAGAGAACCCUGCAGAGAACUUAUAUUGGCCAAAGGAGACAUUUCAUUCUUCCUUCCUAAAAAGGAGAACCUGGCACUUCAAAAAAGUUAACAAUCCCAUUCUGGGUGUCUUAAGAGAUAUGCAUUAUGACUAAUAGAAUGACAAGCAUACAUAUGAACUUCGGAUGAGGACCCUUCCCUUCUAAAGAUACCUGUCUCGAUUUAGAAAUAACUGUACCCUCUCUGGGAAUGUGGAGAGGUACUCUUCUUCAGCAAGUGCUUGCUCAUAUUAAUCUUCUGCUCUGUUGUGAAACUCUGAGGGGGAGUACAGUUUGUUUCAGUAAGUCACUUUGAAACUAGUCCUUGAUUUUUAAUCCCAAAGUAGUUGACCUGUCUUAAUUAUGUGUUCAUUUAUGUUCUGAAAAGGAAUGAGGCAAGUAGGCAAUCUCCUCCCAUAUCCCAUAUCCCAUAUCCCAUAUCCCUAUUCUACUCCUUGUCAUUCUGUGAAUAGAAAAGUAAUAUUCAGUACUAGAGACCUUAAAAAGAAGUGAUCUUUGGGCCCAAGGCAGCCUCCAAUAGGGCUGGGCUGGGCUGGGCUGAGCUAAUA